UAAUUGUCAUCGUUCCUGCAAUUUCUUUUAACACAUUUUAGUUAUGUUCUGCGUGGGAAUAUUGAACCCCGUGCGUCGGCGCCCCUGUUCUCUUUCCUUUUGUUUAAGCGUUUCAGGAACAGCUUUACUUACUGUCCUGUAAAAGGUGUACGUUGCAGAAAUCACCGUCGGUAAGGAUGCUGUCAUCCUUGAUGGUUUCCUGAUUUCACACGUGCAUACAGUACAAACAUGUGGAAGUUGUAAAUCUUGUAGGUCUGUGAAAUCCGCAAAAUUCGCAUGGUUGCUCAAUUUGCCCCUACGAAACAAUGAAAUCAGAUGACGGUAAUGUGACUACAGGCGAAGUUUUAUAUGCCUCGACACGAGAUUGAUGGAAAUCAGCAGACCGCCCCGAAGACUAUCGAGUUUGAUUGCAAUUGAGGUAUUUUAUCUGUGAGGGAGGAGACGAGAAGGAUGUAUCUGUAGUUUCUGAGCUUCAGAGUACUGAGGUUGUGCUUGGAAGUAUGACUGAAAGGAAGAAGAUAGAUUUUUGGAAGAAGCCUACUCAGUCAUCUUUGAGACCUUACCAGAGACAGAAUGUCACUCGCCCGAUCGCAUUUGUUCAGCCUAUUAUCCCCUCACAGAAAGAUGAUUCAAAAGAUAGUGAACCAUCUUCCGACGAAGAGGCUGACGAAGUCCUGGAUCCUGGAGCUGUUGAAGACGAGGCAGAGGUUCAUACUGGAUUCAGAGCAAGUUUUCCCCUCUCAUUCGGUAAGCAGGAAAGCAAAGUAAUAUCCUUAGAAAAUGUUCACUUGAAGACCCAGCGGCCCACAGUCGGCGGAGUCAAGAGCGCGGCCGUUGGAGAAGAACUUUUGGUUAAUAGAUUUGGGACGAAGGGCUUCGGCGAAUCUGCUCUGCCGAAGAAGGUUGAGGUUUAUGUCGAAAAUGAACGAUCUAGACUGCCUACAAAUUGCCACGAUGACGAAGAACUUACAGCUGGCUCCCGCAUGCCAAGCAGAGAUCAUGGAAAACAGGGCAGUGAAGACGAUGAGAGCCCUAUUGUCGGUCCUCCUAUGCCAAGCAGACAUCAUGGAAAACAAAUUGACGACGAUGAGGAUGGUCCUAUGGUUGGUCCUCCUAUGCCCAGCCGAGCUCUCAUAGAGGGUAGUAGUAGUGAUGAGGACGAAGAGGAUGAUACUGCAGAUGAUAACAGUGGAGAUGAGUUUCGUGUGCCGCUCAGCAACGAGAUUGUUCUGAAAGGGCAUACCAAGGUGGUGUCUUCUUUGGCUGUGGAUCCGACAGGGUCGAGAGUUUUGACCGGAGGUUAUGAUUACACGGUGAAGAUGUACGAUUUUCAAGGCAUGAAUGCACAGCUGCGAUCAUUUCGUCACUUAGAACCUAGUGAGGGCCACCAAGUGCGCUCUUUAAGUUGGAGUCCAACUGCCGAUAUGUUUAUCGUCGUAACUGGAUCAGCUCAAGCGAAGAUUUUCGACAGAGAUGGGUUCACAUUAGGUGAGUUUCUCAAAGGGGAUAUGUAUAUUCGGGACUUGAAGAAUACAAAGGGCCAUAUAUCAGGUUUAACCGCGGGCCAAUGGCAUCCUAAGGAUAGGGAGAAGGCUCUAACUUCUUCCGAAGAUGGCUCGCUUCGAAUUUGGGAUGUCACCGACUUCAAGUCUCAAAAGCAGGUUAUUAAACCCAGGCUAGCUAGGCCUGGUCGCGUUUCUGUUAGCACUUGCUGCUGGGGACAAGAUGGGAGGUGUCUUGCGGGUGGUCUUGCAGAUGGUUCAGUUCAGGUAUGGAAUGUCAAGGCCGGUUGGGGUAGUAGACCUGAUAUAUACAUCGAGAAAGCGCAUGAAGGAGGUGAUGACGUUACAGGACUCUGUAUAUCUGCGGAUGGAUACACUCUUCUAAGUAGAAGCACCGACUGCACUAUGAAGGUUUGGGAUCUGCGACAGACUAAGAGGGCUGUACAGGUUUUUGAUGGGCUUCCUAACUCCUACGCACAGACCAAUGUUUCGUUCAGUCCAGAUGAGCGUCUCAUUUUGACCGGGACUUCGGUUGAGAGAGCUGGUUUAACUGGGGGACUACUUAUUCUUUUCAGCAAAAGUAAGCUUGAGCUUGUGCGCAAAGUUGGACUGUCUGCCACUCAAAGUGUCGUUUGCACGUAUUGGCAUCCACGACUCAACCAGAUAUUUGCCACUGUUGGUGACAAAAAGGAAGGCGGUACGCAUGUCUUAUAUGAUCCAGCUAUUAGCGAGAGGGGCGCUCUUGUCUGUGUGGCUCGAGCUCCUCGAAAGAAGUCAGCAGAUGAUUUUGAGCUGAAGCCAGUCAUCCACAAUCCUCAUGCACUCCCGAUGUUUAGAGAUGACCCAAGUCGUAAACGACAACGUGAGAAGGCGCGUUCAGAUCCAAUUAAGUCCAAGAGACCUGACUUGCCUGUCACUGGACCUGGUUUUGGUGGACGAGUGGGCACUACGAAGGGAAGUCUACUCACACAGUAUCUCAUGAAGGAGGGUGGACUGAUUAAAGAGACUUGGAUGGAUGAGGAUCCGCGUGAAGCUAUCUUGAAACAUGCGGAGGCAGCUGCCAAUGAUCCACAGAUUAUAGCGCCAGCAUAUGCGGAGACUCAACCGAAGACUCUGUUUUAUGAAUCAGAGGAAGAUAAAGAGGAUUGAGUGGUUCUUGAAGAAAAUCAUUUCUUGCUUGUGAGUCGGUGAUCACAUCAUCAAGGAUAUGAUUCUUCUUGUACGGCUUCUUACUCCUGCAUACGUAAAGAGGAAAUGAUAGAACAUAGUAGGAUGCUUUACUUCGCAGUCCCAUAUGAUCGAAAGUUCGGCAAGUACAUCAGUGAAAAAUGGCUUCUAACAUGAUCGUAGAAGGAAUGUCUGCUCACGAGACUUGCUUGGUUACGAACGUUGUCACCAGACGAAAUUCGACAAGAAGUAAAUUGGACACUACCAAUCUCAUCGACUAAGAGGUGCAGAGUUCCUAUGAGGUUGAUCGCAAGCAUUUGUUUAAUGGUGCCCUAGAUUCAGAAGUGACAUGUUGGACAGUGGAAUAGAUUUGUAGAAUUAGCGUGCAAAAGUAAUAGCACUGACUAAGAUUCGGAUCCUUCUUAAGCUUGCGAGGACAAAAUGUUCACCUAGAGUGCUCAUGUACCAGGGCUCAUUCAGAAUACAGCUGUCAAUUGAAGUCCUCUAGUAUUUAAUCCACCUAUCAGUGGGUUUAUUGUUCUUCUCCUUCUCUAUCUUCUGCAUAUUCUGGAGUUUAAGAUGAGGUUCAGAUCACAAUGGACUGUAGAGCUGCUAUGAAUCUGAAUUGGCUGUUUGUAGUACAUACGUCGUUUACAACAGGGCUUGCGGAGAAGAAGCUCUCCGACGAUUAACACUAGGUUUAUUUGAUUCCAGAGCUCUCCAGAUACAUCUCUGAGCAUACUCCUG